CCGCCUUCCACCCUCGUCCCUCAGUGCUCAGUAGUCAAUGGUCCUCAGUGGUGGUCCUAUCGUCUCAGCCGGUUUGUGCCCGUUUAUUAUCCGCCGCUCUCAUUUCUCUGUGUACAUGUGACUAGUUUUUGUUCUUCUUGUUAUCCCUACCGACACUCUUUUGGACAUACGCAACAUUUUAUAAAGGAUCUCAUUAUUCAAGGAGUAAUGGUUGAGGCGAGAAGGUAACGCUGGAUCUAGACAAAGUGGCGGGCAGGGUGCGGAAAAGGGAUGGAGGGGGGCGUUUCAGUCAAGUGGGGAGAACCUACGACAAGAACCGGCGUCGUCACAUCGGGCCAAGUCACAGUCACCACAAUCAACAUUCACCACAGCCCCCAUGACAAAGAGGAAAAUUAUUACCAACCUCAGUGCAAUGGAGGUUCUAGCAAGUGUUCUGUUGUGGUCAGCGGAGAACAGAUGAAUGUCGAUGAAGAUUCAUCCGCGGCAGACGCUGAAGUCUGCAACUUUACCAGUGAGCCUGUCAAUCUGAGGAACAAGAACAGGGAUGAAUCCCGGGGCUCUAUUGAAAGGCCCAUGUCUUGGGAGGGCGAGCUGUCUGAUUCGGAAGUCACUACGAUCAAACCCGAGCCAGAGGAGAAUCCGAUUGAAAAUUCAGAAAGCGGCAGCAACCCCAAGAGCAGUAAAAUAAUGGCUCAGAUAGAAGAUGAAAAGCCUAUAACAUUAAAGAAUGAGAAAAUUACAGAGAGUGCGAAGACAAAUCAAUUCAAUGCUCAGUCUGAAUUACCCCUUCUUGUAGAUAAGCUUUUGAGUAGCGGUGGUGUACUGAAAGGACCAGGACCGACUCCUAGCCCAGACUCAGCCGUUUACUCUUGUUAUUCCCCAACUGCAAGCCCAGUCACGUCAAGACAUAUUCUUUCCUCGUCUUCUGGCAUUUCAAGCCCUUUUACACCUUCCUUGUCAAGGAACAACAGUGAUGCGUCCCAGUACGGUGGAUCACAACACUCGAGUUGUUAUAGUCACAGUUAUUCUUCUGUGUCCGUUUCACCAACACAGUUUUCUCCGACACAUUCUCCAAUUCAGGGAAGACAUAUGCACAGACCUGGAUUUCCUUCUCCAGUUUUAAAUCCAAGAGGGGUUCAUGAAUAUUCAAUGCAAGAUGAAGGUGGUACGUUGGAUGAUAAAUACUCAUCGAUGACUGCCGACCUGCUCCAACAUUCCACAGGGCUUGCCUCACCUGGAAUCAGCAGGCAACAGCUCAUUAACAGCCCGUGUCCGAUUUGUGGGGACAAGAUCUCCGGUUUCCACUAUGGGAUAUUCUCAUGCGAAAGCUGUAAAGGUUUCUUUAAAAGGACUGUUCAAAAUCGAAAGAAUUACGUCUGUCUUCGAGGGUCAUCCUGCCCUGUCUCGAUAGCGACGAGGAAGAAAUGCCCGGCUUGCAGAUUUGACAAGUGCCUCAAUAUGGGCAUGAAGUUAGAAGCAAUAAGAGAAGAUAGAACCCGUGGGGGCCGGAGCACCUAUCAAUGUUCUUACACAGUGCCAGCGGGACUUGUGGAGCAAAAGUGCGCAGAGCCUCCACCACAGGCCACGCCUCAGACCAACCUUGUUCCUCCAUUAUUACAGGAAAUCAUGGAAGUAGAGCAUUUAUGGCAAUAUAAUGAAGCUGAUCCUAAACUGGUUGGAAGAAUUCCAAGACCACAAAGUGGAAAUCCAACAGAUCUAAUGGCCAACCUUUGCAACAUCGCUGAUCACAGAUUGUACAAGAUUGUAAAGUGGUGCAAGUCGCUUCCACUUUUUAAAAAUAUAUCGAUCGAUGAUCAGACGUCUUUGCUCAUAAAUGCAUGGUGUGAACUCCUCCUGUUCUCUUGCUGUUUUCGGUCGAUGUCCUCCCCUGGAGAAAUUAGGGUUUCACUCGGAAAGUGCAUUUCACUGACUGAGGCUAAAAACCUCGGCCUCGGCCCACCAAUCGAGCGAAUGCUCAACUUCACCGAACAUCUGAGAAGGCUCAGAGUCGACCGAUAUGAAUACGUUGCCAUGAAAGUUAUUGUCCUUUUAUCUUCAGAUACGAGCGAUUUGAGAGAGCCUGAAAAAGUCAGGGCUUCGCAAGAGAAAGCUCUUCAGGCACUCCAGCAUUAUACGCUUGCCCACUAUCCAGACAUUCCGUCCAAAUUUGGAGAGCUACUUUUAAGGAUACCAGACCUGCAAAGAACAUGCCAAGUUGGUAAAGAAAUGCUCUCGAUUAAAAGUAAAGAAGGAGAAGGACCGAGCUUUAAUCUUUUAAUGGAGCUACUUCGAGGAGACCACUGAGUUACUCAGAUUGUAAUCAAUAAACGUGCCUUGUUGGGGAGCCAUCAAAUAUGUGAGACUACUUUGAAAAUUUUAAUAAUUGAUAUUAUGCCACUGGCAGCAUAUUGUACUUAUAACAAAGUUUAAUAUACCCACAUCAGACAAAAAAAAAAAUAUUCUCAAAUGUUAAAAGUAUUGUUUAUUUCAAUAAUUAUCUCUUUUUUCUGUAAAUAUGAGAUAAACAUAUUAUUUGUAAAUCUUGGCAAGGUUUUUAAAACCUGCCAUAGUAUUUUAACGAUAAUUUUAUUUUUUUGUUUUUUUUUUUAGUUGUCAGUGUGUUGCAUUCUAAGCAACAACAAAAUGUUUAUAUUUUGAAAAAUUCUGUAUUUAUAAUGUUUUGAUAAUUAUUUUUAUUGUUGUAAAAGUUGAAGAUACAAAAAAAAGUUUUUUUUACUUUGGUGUACUGUUCGCGUGUCGGCAUCGGAAGGAAGCAAAAAUUUUCAAAAAGAAAAAUUUCUGUGAUCUUGUUAUUGUAGUUUAUUUUUAAUAUAUUUAUUAUAAAAAAU